CAUUUUACCCAUCUGGUUUGCGAAGGCACAGAAGCGGUGAAGUGCGUGAAUCCACCUGCCGAAAAAAUUGAGUCUGACAACUUACUUAUCUGCAACCUGCUUCGAAAAUGUUCCUUUAAAAUGAAGUGGACCGUCUGAUUUUUUACGGAAUAAUAUUCACUUAAAUAUACUUUUAAAAAUGAAAAAAGGAACUUUUAGUAAUUUUUUGGGUCGAAAGAACCACUCACUUUUCGACACCAACAUUGAAAUCAAGGAGAGGGACAAUGUGGAGUUGGUUCUGGACUCGUCUGCUAUUCCUGAAUCGGGCACAGCCAAAGUGAGGGCCAGGCCAACCGUCAAACACUUCACAUCCUCAACUGACAUCAUGCAAGGGUUUGCUGUCCCGACCCCAAAAGUGCCUGUGCUUUCCACCUUCGGUGUACCAAACACAAACGGGACAGGUGGGAAACUCUCCAAUGGAGUGUCUGUUCCUGACUUAGCGGAACGGGAUAUAUUUAUUCCACCACCUCCCUCUAUGGCACCACCCCCACCUCCUCCCUCUAUGGCACCGCCACCUCCUCCAUCACAGUUGUUCAUUCCGCCCCCAGCAGAUUUUUCCUUUGAGUCCCCCCCCUCCCCCGUGUAUGAAGACCCGGCUUCGCUACAGCCACCACCUAUGCCUCCACCUAAACCCCCAUCCAAAACCCCAUCACCGCACUCCAGCUGGGUACCAGACCAUACCUCUCUGAAACCCCCACCGAUGACACCCCCAAAGCCUCCCUCUAAUCCAUCCAGUGCGAAGGUCUCCGCACCUAUUUCAACCGCACUAAAUAAUGGUCCAGAGUGUCCCAAAUUUGCCCCCCCAAAACCCCCAGCUUCCGCAGAGAGACCUGAAACCCCCCCGCCUAAGGGUUUUAAAGUUCCCCCACCCAAGCCGACAAGGCUUUCCUCCAUGUUUCAGGAUAGUCAGGAUAACCUGCCACAUAUCCCGGCUCCAGCACGUCCUGCUCCAGGUCCUACGGCUUCUACAUUCAACCCCCAGCAUACAGCAAAGCUGUACACUGUGCCCAAGGCUGGAAUACUGGCCACUGGGGGGGUAGACCUUGAAAAAACACCAAAGCCCAUUCUGCUCCUACAAGACACUUCCACUGACCCAAUCCCUACCCAACUUGAUGGAAAAAUGCCUUCCGAUAACAAGGAUCUUGGCUCAGAUAAGAUUGUGGUACCUCCCACCAAGCCUGCAAGGAAAAACAGCGGUGGCCUCCAACUUGAGAAGGAUCUACAGGGCCUCAAGGAGAGCCUGCAAUCUACUCUACCUGCCCAGGCAGUCAAGGUCCAGGAAGAUGCAGUGGUGACUCCCCUGCCAUUACAACCUCCUCAAGAGCUCAAAAAACCCACACAACCUACCCCAACCGCUUCCCCUAUACCUGAGAAUACACCACCUACCACCUCGUAUGCAAACUCUCCAGGCAGGAGUCGUAAGCUCAUUCCAUAUGUCAGCCGCACUCCAUACUACCUCAGACCCACUGAGAGUAGCACGCCAGGUGCCACCUCACCUCUGGCACUCCUACAGGCUGCUAAAGAGCGAGAAAAGCAAAGAGGCGCUUUGUCAAGGGAGAACAGCUCCAACAGCAACAUCUACAGUCAGCCGACCUCUGUUAGCAUCCACCAGAAUCAGUCCACGCCCAACUCUUUCACGGUCGUCCCCAGACCCACUUCGUCCUUGUCUCAGGGUGGACGAGAUAGCCCUGACCUGUAUCAGUUCUCCAGGGUGGAGACCGACUCGGCCUGCGCGAGCCCCUCCAGGCCCCUCUCCUCCAGCAGUCUGGUGGCGGAGCUCCUUGAGAAGCACGACGCCGAGGCGGCUCCCGCUGCGCCGGAUGCCACCCUCGCGAAGGAGACGAAGCGUGAAGAGGCCAAGGAGGACGUCUCCGUUCCCUUCAUCCCGCCGCCUCCAGAAUUCGCCAACUCGGACGCAGAGGAAGAGAGCGGCCUGGAGCAACUGGAGCUCCCCCCAAGCUUCCCUCCUCCUGACCCCCCCUCGCAGAAGGUCCCUAGCCGUUUCCCAACACCUGCUGUCCAGCAACCCCCGAUUAUGGUUCCUCCCACACCUAACCCCCCCUCACAGAAGGUCCCUAGCCCUUUCCCAACACCUGCUGUCCAGCACCCCCCGAUUAUGGUUCCUCCCACACCUAACCCCCCCUCACAGAAGGUCCCUAGCCCUUCCCCAACACCUGCUGUCCAGUCCCCCCGGAGCACGCUUCCUCUCCCACCUCCAAAGCCCAAGGGAGCAAAACCUCCAAAUCCUCCUCAACUCCCUGUUCAGAAGACGGAGGUCAAGCCCAAGCCGCCGAGCCAAGACAAACUGAAGCCACAGCCCCCUCUUCCACCAGCCCAAUCCCUCUCCCCCAGCCAGGCCACUCUGCUCAGUAUCCUGCAGAAAAAGAUGCUGGAGAUGGACAAGAAGCACACGUUUGAGGAGGUCCAACCCAACAACGACGACUGGGGUACGUCAGAGGAACCCACUGUCCCAGUAAAGCCCAGCCCCAUUCCAAAAUUCAAGAGCUCCUCUACCCUGCCUCGCCAGAACCCAGGCCUGGACAUGAGUGAGCUGGAGCAAAAGGUGUCCAAAAAGGCUCAGGACCUGUCCGCUGCUACAAAAUCAGCCACCAGCAAUGGAUCGCAGUCAAAGCAGCCUUAUGGCAUGACAUUCACGGUGCGGCCAGGAACCAAACAGCCAAUCAUGCCAGUGAUCAAAGGAGAUGCUCCUUAAGGCCACAGAGAACAUUCCGGACAUUUUCUGUGUGUAUGAAUGGCUUUCUUUUUUUUAAAGUGUCGCUUUCUCUAUGGCCUUCCCAACACAAGAACAGACUUAAGUAAAGGAGGGGUGGGUCGGUCUACUGCAGAGCUUGGGGGUUCUGUAAUGACCAACCGGAAGAGCUGAAAGCACUUAUGACAAAGGAAUUGCUGCAAAGAAGUAGAAGAGAGACUGAGAAUGUGCACAGCCAUUUUAAUACCCUCAAAAUGUUAUGCUGUAGUAACUGGACUCAAAACUUUCGCUUAAAAGUAUUGCGUAACCUUGAAGGGAGAGGAUUUGGACAAAUUGCAUGUGCCUACGUUCAAGUUAAGUGCCAAGUCUUUGGAUGUCAGCUUUGCUUUCAGCAAUAUACCUGAUAAGCUUUGCUUCUGCAUUUUAUAGUGUUUUUUUUUUGAAUGGGUAUGAUGAGUAAAUAUUGGCACACGGUUAUAACAAGAGUCAGAUACAGUUCCUGUGGGCGAAAGUUCUGCAUGCGCUAUAAAAGGAAAUGUAUACCUUUUUUUAAACCAUGUCUGCAUUGUUGAAAUGCAAAGUUUUAAGUGGGAUGUCCUGAUUAAAUUUACUCUUCAGUAUCUCCAGACAAAAAAUUGGAAUUACUGAAGUAACUGGGUACGUUUUUACAAAUCUGUACGCCACAAACUCGGGGGGGUUCUCAUAAUGUUUACGAUGAAGGGGGCGAAGUGUUUGAAAAUGACUAAAACGUGACGUAAAUAGACCUUGGGAAUCUAGAUUUGAAAUGUAACUGUAACUCUUAGGAUGCAUUUGAGCACACACAAGAGCACAGUAAUUCCGAACCGGGACACAGUGUACUCACAGUGUGAAAGAUGGCCAAACAUUUAACCAGUGGUUUGCACGGGUUUGGCCACUUUUGUUUUUUUUUUUUUUUGUUAAAUAGUCCUCAUAUUAAAAACUGGCAGUAAGCUGUAUUCAUGUGUAUAACUACCAGUCUUUCCUUUUAAAAAGACUCAUUUGCUAAAAGAAAACAUUGUUUUUGAUGGUAAUAGCCAAUGUAAACAAUCAUGUAUAUACUUUGAAAAUAAAAUAUUCUAUCACAA